CCAGCCCAUUAAAAACACAGUGGAACAAACUGAAAGGAAAUUAAACCUAACCCUCGCCGCAUCAAAACCCCUCUCUCAGUCCUCUACAAUCUCUUCCCUUCUAUAUCCUGAGUUCUCUCGUUCGCACAAGGAACUCUAAACUUGGCUUCACGCCAAGAGCUCUCAUCUCAGCAACAUGGGAAUUUCUCGUGAUUCUAUGCACAAGAGGCGUGCCACUGGAGGCAAGAAGAAGGCUUGGAGGAAGAAGAGAAAGUAUGAGCUCGGAAGGCAACCUGCCAACACCAAGAUAUCCAGUGACAAGUCAAUCAGGAGGAUUAGAGUUCGCGGGGGCAAUGUGAAGUGGCGUGCUUUUAGGCUUGAUACUGGAAACUACUCUUGGGGUAGUGAGGCCGUGACUAGGAAGUCACGUAUUCUUGAUGUGGUCUACAAUGCAUCCAACAAUGAGCUUGUUCGUACUCAAACCUUGGUGAAGAGUGCCAUAGUUCAAGUUGAUGCAGCACCAUUUAAGCAGUGGUAUCUUCAGCAUUAUGGAGUGGAUAUUGGACGGAAGAAGAAGACCGUAGCAUCUGCUAAGAAGGAAGAGGAAGGUGAUGCUCCAACUGAAGAGGUAAAGAAGAGUAACCAUGUCCAGCGCAAAAUAGAGAAACGUCAGCAGGACCGUAAGCUCGAUCCGCAUAUCGAAGAACAAUUCAGCAGUGGUCGAUUGAUGGCUUGUAUCUCAUCAAGACCAGGUCAAUGUGGCCGAGCAGACGGAUAUAUCUUGGAGGGCAAAGAGCUUGAAUUCUAUAUGAAGAAGCUCCAAAGAAAGAAGGGAAAGGGAGCUGGUGCUGCAUAAAUUAUUUUGUAAUCGAGUUUUUCUUCAGCCCAUGUUUCCUGUUCUUUUUAUCUGUUCAAGCUAUUUUGGUACUUCGAUUUUGUUGGUAAUAGUUGCUACGUUUUGACCUUUUCGUGAUCACAACAGUUUGUUUAUUAGCAUGAGUUUUCAAGUUUCAAAACCUUUUGUCCUA